CACGAUUGUUUCAGUUCCACGCGAAGCGCAACUGUGGCAACGUGCAUCAUUCUCGUUCAACAUUUAUUUCUCGACGUUUUCAUUUCGAAACGAGAACAUAAGUUCAACCGAUCACCGUGCAAAAGGUGAAUCGACUAAUAGAAGGUGAUACCAAGUGAAAAAAAAAAAUAAACAGUUAUGGUAUCAAUGAAUUAACAUCUUAAUUCAGAUGUAAACAAAGAAGAUUUAUUCUCCGAUAUUAGCAUCGAGAUUUCAAUCAAUCCUUUGACAAAUAAGAAUUUCCAACGACAGUGAAAAUCAUCGGUGAUUUAUGUGAUUCAUUGUUCGUCGAAUUUCGUAAAAAUCAAACUUGUUUUGUGACGAAGAAAUGCGGUAACAAACAUCAAGCGAUAAUGCCGUUGGACGUGAUCAUUAGCAGGUACUUGGGCACGUUGCCAAUCAAAGGAUUGUUAUGGAUAUGUCUACUAACGUGGACAAUAUCAAGGGGACAUGCGAUCGAAGUCGAUUGUUGCCCACACGGAUCGCUAUUGAUGCCUUCGAUGAAUUGUUCCGAUGGUACGAGAAUUCAUCUAAUGUGCCCUCAUGGUAGUUACCUGAUCGACCCAGACGAAUCAGCUAACGACAACUUUACCGUAAUUUACGAAUAUGGCAAACCCUGGCUACAGUUUACGGAAACAGAGUAUGAGAAAAUCGCGGCGAACAGAUUCUGCGUGGCAAAUCGAAACAAUGCCAGUUCCAAGAUCGCUUUUGUGUGCUUCGAAGGAGAACACUAUAGCAGUUCAACGAUAUGGAAAGAUACAUUGUUCUGCAUCCUGAGUAUCAUAUCGGCUAUAUUUUUAAUCGCUACUAUAGCUGUUUACGUGCUACUGCCAGAAUUAAGGGAAAUUCAAGACAAAGCAAUGAUGGCUGCAGUUACAUCACUGGCGGUCAGCUAUAUUGUUCUUUCCAUUCAGAAUCUUAGACCCCAGGAAGAAGGAGAUUAUACUAUAUGUAUCUCUUUAGGAUUUAUUCUUUAUUUUGGCUUUAUAUCUGUCUUCUUCUGGCUAAAUAUCGUCUCUUUUAAUAUUUGGAGAACUGUUUGGUUCAAGCAUUUCAUGAUCAAAGAUAAGCUACUAUUUACUAUCUAUUGUUUGUGCGGAUUUGGUGGACCAACGUGCUUCCUGAUAGCGGCAUUGAUAAUGCAUCACAUCGAUGGACAACACUUGAAACCUGGUUUCGGCGAAGAAACCUGUUGGUUCAGUGGACCCAAACAAAUGUGGGCGUAUUUUUAUGGGCCAAUUGCUAUUUUACUGACACUGAACAUCAUCUAUCUUGGAUUAACGAGCUGGAAAUUGUGGCAUCAAUGUCGUGAUUGCCAUGGAGGAAAAUUAAAAGCACUUCGCUUUAAAUUUCUACUUUAUGUUAAAUUGAUAUUUGUUAUGGGUGUUACUUGGAUCUUCGAGGUGCUUUCCUAUGCCGAUGGUUCCAGGAAUAAUUUUUGGAUACCAACGGACAUUCUGAACGCGUUACAAGGUUUCAUAAUAUUCCUGUUACUGGUCGCCACACGAAAGCGUGUCCGAAAGUUGCUAGCCAAAAAAAGACCUUGCGGAAUUGGAUUUCCGAAAUCUUGGACAGCGUACAAGGACGAAGAGUGCGAAGACGUGGUCCUACCCGAGGAAGUUGAAUUAUCCCAACACGACUGUUAGUCCUUCUAUCAUUAUCAUUAUUCUAUUAUCUUUGCAUUUUUAACACUUUGAUGGUUGUAAAUUUCAUUAUUAGAGAAUUAUUAUUUAACAAUUUUCAAUUGUAAAAAAUAACAGUGUAAAAAGUGACAAUAGCCGUCAAAGUGUUAAUUAAAAUAAUUAUAUUUUAGGAUUAAUUUAAUACUCUAUUAAUCCACCUAGUCGACAUUUUGUUUCAUAAUCACAAACUAUGCAAGAAUCUCUGCACUAUUAUUAAAGGAAAAAAAAGAGAGAGAGAAAAAAAAAGAAAAAACACUAAAGUAGGAAAACGUGUCAAUUAUCAUCGUGUGACUGAUCGUGUAUCGAUUAUGCUUUACACGAUCUUUUGUAGAUUAGUUAAAGAAAAUUCAUUCUAUUUUUUUUUAAGAUUUCAACGCGAUUUUUUUCGCAGUUAAUCACUUUAUUUUCCUCUUUUCAAGACGUUUGCGUCGUGCUUUCAUUCUAGUCGACUCAUGCCGCAUCGCUCAUGACGAUUCACCUUAAAUUACGCACGCUUCUGACGUGUUUUAACCAUUUAAAAAAAAAAAAAAAAUAAAGAAGACAAGACAAAACAGUCGUCAUACCGUGAACGAUACACGUGUCGCGCAAACAAGAAGCGCGCAAAACGAGAGAGAGUACUCUUUAUUAUUUUUUUAUCGAAUGCUAUCUCUUGAAUGAAGUUUCGUACAAAUAAAAAGCAGAAUAUAAAUAACACAAUAGGAUUUUUAAGUUUUAUUUCUUAUCUCAGAUACGAUGCCAUUGUAACGUGUAAUGAUUUAACUCAGCAUUAAUUUUAAUUACUUUCACCUUAUUUUAAGAUGUAUACUAAAGUACUCGACUCUAUUUAAAAAAAAUUCAUUUUUGUAAUUUGAAACAUUGGUAAAAAAAUUUGUUAAUAAAAUUGCUCUGCAAAAUAUUAUAAAUGGGUAUUACUUGGCUAGAAUCGCGUUCCUCGUUACGUUAAACUGUUGCGAUAAUUAAACAAAGCAAUGCGCGUAAGUAAUCAAAUAGUCUGCUCAACGAUGAUGCGAUAAACGAGAAUACGUCAAAGAAAGAACGACGUAGCCGAGUGACUAUCCACGUUACCGUGAAUAAUGCUUCAGUGAGUUACACAGGGAACGAGUAUUUUACAUUUGCGCGCGGUAUGCGAAUGCAAAGAGACGCUUUGUGCAUCGAUGAACGCCUGCACGAACUGAUCAAUAUUUAAAGUAACGCGAAACUUUUUAAAUGCAUAGCAACGGCUCGCGCGCAACACUGUUCCAUCAUUUUUUACUUUACUUUAAAUUACGAAGAGUUUUCAAAGUUUUUAAAAUGUAUCGAUAGCGUGCAGAAUAUUUUUAAAUGUUUAUAAAAUUUAUAAUUGUUCCCUUGCAUCUUUCCGAAUUUUCUAUGUAAUAUCUAUGUUUGUAUAUUGAAGAUUUGUAUAAAUAAAUGUGUAAAUAAUAAAAUGAAAAAUAUAAACGA